CUGGACACUUUUCUGUGUCCUGAGGCACAAACUCUGUCAACCCUGCUAUUUAUGGACACUGGCUAUCGACGUACCGUUCAUUUUCCUUGUCACAAUCACUUGCUAAGAUAUUUUACACUGUUCAAACAAUGACAGGUUUCUGGGUUUAAGUAACAGAAUAGCUUGAUAUGUUUGAUUUUAAACCAGUCUUUCUUCCCGUGUACUAUAUAACCAUUUAAUAAUUACUACUCAAGUUUCACUUCCUUGGCUUUUCGGCGCAGUCAUUGUUCCUACCCUUCUUCCUCUUUGUCUGCCAUAGUCUUUAUAUCAAUCCAACAUGUGUCCGGGACGUUUUUUUUGGAGAGCCCACUUAAUACGGCCAUCCGAACGUUACGUAUACCAUGGCAUGUCCCCUAAUGUGUCCCUAUUAACCGGAUUGUAAUGUUAGUAUAGUUUCUUUUUGAAAGGCAAAAUGUUUUUUACUGAUCCUUUUUCCAAACUUUUGUUAAAGUAAAAAGCAAAUUGACGCCAGGUCCGCAGUAACAUUGUCAAAUGUUCUAGUCGCCUGGGGCUCUUACUCGUGGAUCCACAACACUUUGACAAUGUUAUGAUACGACUUUAUGAUCAAAAAGAGGACAGACGAUAAAGAAACUAGCGUCAAUGUGAUGAAUUGAAUUAGUUUUAGUGCAUAAAAUCAUUACUUAACCUACUAUUUCCCUAAUUCAUCGUAUGUAGCAGAGAUCGCUCAUCCAUUUGCAGGUGCAGAUCGAGGAAUGCCUACAGAUAUAUUUGUCUCCCUUUCCCAUGUUAUUGCUUAACCUCGGUCUGUAUGUCUACCAGUGUGUGAAAGACCCGUGAAAGUCAGUAACCAAUCCUCAAUUAUCCGUAUGCAGACAGAGUUCGCCACAGUGGGGCAGGUGCUGGGGAUCUUAGAGAACGUGAAAAUUACCCACUUUGAAUCUGCUUAUGUACAGUAAUAAAACUUUACGAAACCAGUUGAACAACAAAAGUUAGAAGUUAAAUUAAUUCUUAUAAUUACUAUUAUUUUAUUUUUUUCUAUAUCAGAAUGCCAGAAUUACACAAGUCUUAACAGCACUGACAGAAAGGUUACGUACACUACUCUCCACCGUUAUUGUGACAAUGGAAUCGGACCUGGUUGGUUUCGUUUUGAGGGGUCCGCAGGCACAAGGAUGCCAACUUCAUGUCCACCGUAUAACAGAUGUGGCACAAGUGCACCCGGCUGGUUGAAUGGUAGUCACCCUACAGUAGCAGACGGUCAGGUCACCAGGACGGUGUGUUUCCAUUAUAAUGGUAACUGCUGUUAUUGGUCAUCAAACAUCAAAGUGAGAAAUUGUGGUUCAUAUUAUGUGUACUAUCUUAGUGGUACACCUAGUGGUCAGUGCCAUCUCCGUUAUUGUGGCACUAAUUAA